AUGGCUUUACGACGUCAAAGACAACUGGAAAGAAAAUACUCCAGUUUUCGUAAAUAUACUUCAACUGAAGAUGUAAAUUAUCGAAAUAGAACCUCAAGAUCUGCUUAUCGUUCUGAAAGUGUAACAUCAAACACAGAUAGACAUGGAAGAAGUUGUAGUACAGAAAUUAUUACCGGAUCAGAAACUAGAUCUUUUCCAGUAUUCGUGGCAUUACAAGAUUAUACACCUGAGGAAAAUGAUCUUGAUUGUAUUCCAAUAGAACAAGGACAAAUUGUUGAAGUUCUUGAUAGCAAAAAUGCAUCUAAAUGGUUAGUUAGAACAAAAGCAAAACCACAAAAAGUUGGUUGGGUUCCAGGUUCAUACUUUGAAACACCAACACAAUACUAUAAGCAAAGAAAAAUUACAAGAGAAUUGGCUGAACCUGAUCCUACUUUAUCACCAGAGGAAGAAGCUUUACAGAAAAGAGAUCAAGCAUAUGGUGAUUUAUUAAAAAUUGAGGAAGAAUUUGUUCAAAGUUUAGGAAAUUUAAUUGAUGAUUAUAUAAAAGUUUUUGAAUCUACACGAAUUCCGGAAAAGGUUAAUGAACAUAAAGUUGAAUUAACUUCAUGUUUAAAAGAAUUACAUAAUUUUCAUGCUCAUGUUUUAUUAAAAGGACUCGAAUAUUAUUCAGAUAAUCCUGGAAAAGUUGGUCAUACAUUUUUACGAUUAGAAAAAGAUUUUGAUUAUCAUAUUAUUUUUGAAAAAGAUUAUCAAAAUAUUAAAAAAUUAAUUGAAAUUCCAGAAAUUAGAGAAUUUUUAGAUAUUAUUUCCAAUAAAACAACUGCUGGAGUAAAAACAUUUCAAGGGUAUUUAGAAGAAAUUAUUGGUAUAAUCCAACAAUAUGAAAAUUUUUUUAAAGAAUUUAUAAAAUAUUCACAACGUGCCAACUGUUCAACAAAAUCUAUGGGAAAAGCAUUAGAAAUUAUAAAAUCUAUUUCUAAAAGAAGUCAAGAUUUAACUAUUUUAGAGAAGAUUGAAAAUUAUACAGGUGAUGUAACAAGAUUAGGUGAAAUUCUUCGCCAAGAUAUUUUUCAAGUAUGGGAACGUGAAACUCCUAUUGAAGAUCAAAAUUUAUUUUUAUUUAAAAAUAAAAUUAUGAUGGUUACACCAAUUAAAGAUAAAAAUUCAUUUAAACAUUACGCGACUUUACGAUUAGAUAAAUAUACUGUUCGUGGGCAUACAAUUGAUAUUAAUUCAUUGGUAAUUCAACCUAACGAAUCAGGAUUACCUUUUUUUAGAGUUAAACCUAUUGAUAGUAAAAAUCAAGAUAUUAUAGUUAAAGCAUGGGAAAAAGAUAUAUAUGACAUGCAAGAAAUUCUCGCUACUGAAAGUGGAAAAUCUAUUGGAACAAGUGAUGAUACUAUCAUUACUAAUUCCUCAGAAUAUGAUGCUACCAUAAGUGAUUUUAAAACUGAUUUUACUGAAACGUCAGGAUCAAAACGUAGCAGUAUAUGGAAUGGUUAUAAUGAUCCUGACGAGGGACCAUCAAGUGCGAAAAAAACAAAAAGUCCACCAGCUAUCUCUCCAACAGCUUCUUCUGCUUCUAUUUGUUCAGGAUUUUCAGGAACUAGUUCUUUCGGAACAGAAUGGUCACAAACUGGAUCAAAUCUUGAAUUUAUCAGUGCAUCAGGAAAAAUUUGUAAAACUCAAUAUGGUUUUCGAAGCUUUUUAAGUCAAGGUGGUGCUAAACUUUGUUUAAAAGUUACCGGAUAUCCUUUACCUGAAAUUACAUGGUAUAAAGAUGAUGUAUUAAUGCAUGAAACAGAUAGAAUUAAAUUUUAUAGUGAUGCUGAAGGACAUUUUGCAUUAUGUUUUGAAGGUAUUCUUGAAUCAGAUACUGGUAGAUAUACAUGUAUUGCUCAAAAUGAAUUUGGUAGUGCAUCAACAAGUGCACAAUUUAGAGUUAUAAAAGCUGAAAAAGAAGCAGCACCACCUGUCUUUGUAACAAAACUUAAAGAUCAAGAAUGUGUUGAAGGUGAUAUUGUUUGCCUUGAAGCUGAAGUUGAUGGAUGGCCUGAACCAGAUAUUGUUUGGUUGAUGGAUGAUUCACCUAUUCAACAAAGUUCAGAUUUUAAAAUAUUAUAUGAUGGAAAAAAUGCUAGUUUAGAAAUAAGAGAUGCUCAACCUGAUGAUAGUGGAGUUUAUACUUUAAAAAUUCAAAAUGAGUACGGCACUACUCAAAGUGAUGCUAUACUUCAUGUUGAGGCAGAUCCAGAUAAAAAUUAUGUUGCUCCAGAAUUUCAAUCAGUUAUAGAUGAUGUUGAAGCUAAUGAAGGUGAUACAGUUAAAUUUAAAGCUGUUAUGACUGGUGAUCCAGAACCGGAAAUUAUUUGGAUGGUUAAUGGUAUUCCAUUAACGGAAUCUGAAAAAAUAAAAAUGAUUCAAGAAGAUGGAAUUUGUAUUCUUACUAUAAAAGAUGUUACACGUUUCUUUGAUGGUAAAGUAACUUGUCAAGCAAAAAAUAGAUUGGGUGUUAGUGAUUGUAAUGCUAUAUUAAAAAUUAGAAUACCACCAGCUGCUCCAAAUUUUGAAAAACAUUUAGAAAGUAAACUUGUACAAGAAAAAGAUACAAUUGUUUUUGAGUGUGAAGUUAGUGGUUGGGAAGAACCUAAUGUUCAAUUUUUCCUUAAUGGUAAAGAAUUAAUUAAUAAUGAAAAUAGAAUUCAAAUAAUUAAAAAAGAUACAUAUUACAAAAUUAUUAUAACUGAAUGUUCAAUUGAUUUACAUGAUGGUGAAUUAGUUGGUAGAGCUGUUAAUCAGCAUGGUAGUGCUGAAAGUAGAGCAAGAAUUACAAUUGAACCUCCAGAUGAAAGUUCUAAAUGUGCUCCAACCUUUUUAAAAGAUAUUGAAGAUCAAACAGUUACUGAAGGUGAAAAAGCAAUAUUUGAAACAACUGUUAAAGCUCAUCCACCUGCUAAAGUAUCAUGGUUAAUUAAUGGAAAUAUUGUUGAUUCAAAUACUCCUGGUAUUCAAAUUGAAGUUUGUAAUUGUGAUCAUAAAAUUACAAUUGAUUCUGCACAAUAUGCUGGAACAGUUUUAUGUAGAGCUGAAAAUAGUAUUGGUAGAUAUGAGACAAAAGCAAGAUUAAUUGUAAUACCAAAAGUUGUUCCAAAACGUCCCCCUGAGAUAAUAGAACAUCUUAAAGAAGUUACAGAAAUGGAAACAAAAACUGCUAUUUUUGAAGUUAGAGUAACUGGUAAUCCACAAUUUGAGUGGUAUCGUAAUGAAGAAAGAAUUUAUGAAAAUGAUAGAAUUAAAAUACGUGAAUUUGAUGGUAGUUCAAAAUUAGAAAUUAUAAAUUUAAGACUUGAAGAGGGUGGUAAUAUUAAAGUUAUUGCUAAAAAUGAUGUAGGAGAAGCUAUUAGUCAAAGUACAUUAACCAUUCAACAGAAACCAAAAGCUCCAGAAUUUAUUAGAAUACCAGAAGGUGGUAGUGGUGAAAGAGGUAAAGAAGAAAGAUUUUAUGCUCUUGCUACAGGUUACCCAGCUCCUACAUAUACAUGGUUUAUAAAUGGUAGAAAAGUUUUACCUACAACUGUUGAAGCUAGAGUUGAAACAGCUGAAGAUAAAACAUCUAUUUUAAUUAUUGAUACUACACAUAUGGAAGAUUUAUUAAAAAUUGAAGUUCUUGCUGAAAAUGUUGCAGGUAUAGCUAAAUUUGAAUUAACAAUGGAAGUUAAAAGAUAUGAACAAAGAAUGGAAUCUAAAAGUGAAUCUAAUAUUCAAGAAACAAAACGUGCUAAAGUACAAGAACAACAUAUUCAAGAAGAAACAACAUCUAAUGUUACUAAAUCAAACAGUACUAGUACUAUUCUUGAAGAAAGAUAUCAUGAAGAAAAUAUUACUACAACUGGUCUUCCAACAACAGGUAUUACAGUUAUUCCAGCUAUCUUAGUUCCUGUAGCUGUAAUUGGUCUUGGUAGUACAAGUAGUUUAAAUAAUAAUAUAAUAGAAGAAGUUGAGACAUAUGAAACAACAACAACAACUACAACUGAAUCUGCCACAACUACAACAACAAAAAAAGAAAUGAAAAUUACAAGAACAUUGUCUGAUCAAAAUAUUACUAGAGGAGAAUGGGCUAAUUUUGGUACUGUUAUUGAAAAUGCUUCUAAUGUUGUAUGGCUUUUUAAUAAUUCUAUUUUAACUCCUGGAACAGGUGUAAAAAUUUCAAGUACAGAAACACAUGAAUAUAAUUUGUCUAUGGAUACAACAGAUCGUUCUACCGGAGAUGUUACUUGUAGAGCAGAAACUCAGACAGAUGAAGGUACAAAAGUUAUAGAACAAACAGUAAAAAUGGUUAUUGAUGAAAAAGUUGAAAAACCUGAAAUAAGUGAAGGUUUAAAACAAGUUAAUGUAACGGAAGGUGAAAGUUUUACUGUUGAUGUUGUUGUAAAUAACAAAGCACAAUUUAUUUGGACAUUAAAUGGAACUGUAAUGGAAGAUGGUAGUCAGGGUAUUCAUAUAAAAGAUAAUACAAACAAAAGUACAUUUACAGUUGAUGAGGCAAAACAAGUACAUAAUGGUGAAAUAAAAGUAACAGCACAAAAUGAAGCAGGUCAAACUGAAAGUAAAACUGAUAUCAUUGUUGAGAAAAAACAAACACCAGCAAGAAUUGAAAAAGGAAUUGAAUCAAAAGAGAUAAAUGAAAGUGAACAAAUUGAAUAUUGUGUUAAAGUUUCAGGUUUUCCAGAGCCAAACAUCAAAUUUUAUAAAAAUGGUAAUGUUAUUGAAAGUGGAAAAGAUGAUAUAAUUAUUGAAAAAUGUGAAAGUGAAUAUAAAUUAAAACUUUUAAAUGUAAAAAAAGGUGACAGUGGUAAGAUUGAAGUAAUUGCUGAAAAUAAAUGUGGAAGUGAUAAAUCAUCAGGUGACCUUAAGGUUAUACCAAAACCAGUAAAACCGAUAAUCAAAACGCCAUUGUAUGAUAAAAAUGUUGAUGAAGGUACUCCAGUACGUUAUGAUGUUGAAUUAGAAGAAUACGAUGGUUCAACAACUUUGGAUUGGUAUUUAAAUAAUAAAAAACUUCAACCUGAUGGAAAUUUUAAUAUUGUUGAUCACCAAGAUGGAUCUUUUCAUAUAAAUAUUAGAUCACCAACAGAAUCAAUGACAGGAACACUUAAAUGUGUAGCUACAAACAAAGCAGGAGAAUGUAGUUCAACUGGCAAGUUGAAUAUUGGUAAACCAAAACCACCUGGUUCUUCCCCUCAAUUUACAAAAGAAUUGCAAGAGAAGGAUGUUCUUGAAGGUGAAUCAGUUAAAUUUAGUACUAUUGUUUCUGGAGAUCUACCAAUAACAAUAAAAUGGUACUUAAAUAAUAUUGAAGUAGUACCAAUUGAAGAACAAAUUAAAGUAAAAUAUGAAGAAAGUACUGGAAAAACAUCAAUAAGAAUUUACAAACCAAUAAUAGAUCAGACUGGUGAAAUUAAAGUUAAAGCUGAAAACAAAUAUGGUGAAGUCAUAGCUACAACACAAUUAAAAGUUUCAAAAAAACUUGAACUUCCUAAAUUUACAAGUGAUAUGAAAUCAAUGCAAGUAGUUGAAGGAACACCAGCAACAUUUAGUUGUAGUGUUGAUGGAGAUCCAAAACCUCAAUGUGAGUGGGAAUUUAAUGGAAAACCAAUAGUUGGAGAUGAUAAAAUAGUUAUAACACAAUCUGAGGAUACAUAUAAAGUAACAUUCCUUGAACCAACUCUUGAAAUGACUGGAGGAGAAGUAGCAAUGAUAGCAAAGAAUGGUGCAGGUGUAAAAAAACAAAUUGCUACAUUAAGUGUAAGAGAAUUAGGUUGUGCUCCUACAUUCUCAGAAGAAUUAAAAAAUAUUUUGGUUAAUGAAAAUGAAACUGUUUUAAUGACAGCAAAAUUAGGUAAAUGUAAACCAGAACCAACAAUUACAUUUUUGAAAGAUGGUAUACCAUUAUCACCUGAUGAUGAACAUAUAAAAACUUCAAAAACCGAUGAUGGAUGCUUAAAGUUACAGAUUCUUCAAGCUAAGACAUCAGAUCAAUCAAGAAUUACAAUUAAAGCUGAAAAUUCAUUUGGUGUUGGAGAAACUUCUGCAAGUAUAGGUGUUGAAAAAAUUCGUGCACAAAAGAAACCAGAAUUUAUGAGUGAUAUUCCUCCACAAACUAUAAGAGAAGGAGAUAGUUUAACAACAAAAGUUAUUAUUAGUGGCAAUCCUGAUCCAUUUGUAAAAUGGUAUAUUAAUAAUCAACUUGUUUGUAAGACUGAAGAUACAGAAUUAACUUCUAGUCAAGGAGUUUAUUCAAUGACAAUUCAUGGAUGUAGUACUGAUAUGACAGGUACCAUAAAAUGUGUAGCAUAUAAUAAAAUGGGUGAAAAUUUUAAAGAAGGACAAUUGACUGUUAUUGCUCCAAUUCCUGUAGAAUUUGAAUCUUGUCUUUGUGAUGCAACUUGCAGAGAAGGAGAUACACUUAAAUUAAAAGCUGUUUUAUUAGGUGAACCUAUGCCAGAAGUAUCAUGGUAUAUUAAUGGAAAAAAAUUAGAAGAAACUCAAAAUAUUAAAAUUCAUCAAGAUGGUUCUACUUAUACUGUAACUAUUAAAGAUAUAACUCUUGAUUUUACUGGUGAAGUUAUUUGUAAAGCUACAAAUGAAUUUGGUAGUGCUGAAUCAAAGGCAAUGUUACUUGUAUUACCACGUGGUGAUCCUCCAGACUUUUUAGAAUGGCUUAGUAAUAUUAAAGCAAGAGAAAAUUCAACAGUUAUUCAUAAAGUUGUAUUUACUGGAGACCCUAAACCAACAUUAACAUGGUUUAUUAAUAAUGAAGAAAUUAUUGGAGAUGAUAAUAUUACUAUUGUAACAAAUAAUGAUACAAGUAUUUUAACAAUCAAGAAAUUUAAUCCAUAUAAACAUUGUGGUGAAAUAAUUUGUAAAGCAGAAAAUGAAGCUGGUGAAGUUAGUUGCACAGCAACAAUGGCUCAUUACACAUCUGAUAUGUAUUCUGAAUCUGAAAGUGAAGCUAUGGCUGAUGAUGCUGUUACAGGUGAUGAAGGAACUGACAUUCAAAGUGAUGUAGAAGAAGAAUUUAGAGUUCCAACUCCUAUAAUGGCUCCAAUGUUUAUUAAAAAAAUGAAAGAUGCUAGAGCUAAUAAAGGACAACAAGCUAUUUUUGAAUGUGUUGUACCAAAUACAAAAGGAAUUGUUUGUAAAUGGUUAAAAGAUGGAAAAGAAGUUGAACUUAUUGCUAGAAUUAGAGUUGUUUCUCAAGUUGUUGAAGAAGGAAAAUUAGAACAACUUAUUAUUGAUGAUUGUUUACCAGAAGAUACUGGUGAAUAUACAUGUGUCAUUCAAAAUGAAGCAGGAGUUGAUAAAUGUAUAGCAAAAUUAGAAGUAAUUGAUACUCAUGUUAAACCUCAAUUUGUUUCACAACUUCAAGAUCAAGAAUGUAAAUGGAAAGAAACUGCUACAUUUGAAUGUACAGUAACAGGUGAUUUAACAUCUCCUUGUAAAUGGUUUAAAGAUGAAAAACUUAUUGAAAAUAAUGAUCACUUUUUGAUUACUUCUGAUGAAAAUGGUCUUCAAAAACUUGUUAUAAAUUCUACAAAACUUGCUGAUUCUGGUUGUUACAAAUGUUUAGUUGAAGACAAAACAGGAAAUAUUGAAACAUCAGGAAAAUUAAAAGUUAAAACUAUCCCACCUGAAUUCACUAAAGAAUUAUGUUCACAAACAUUAUCCUUACACGAAAAACUUGUCCUUCAAUGUAGUGUAUCUGGUCUUCCACAACCAAUGGUAGAAUUUUAUGCAAAUGGUGAAAGAAUUCAAACAGGUAAUGGUGUUUCUGUACAACAUGAUGCAAAUAAUAUUCAUUGGAGAGUUGUUAUUAAUUCUAUAGAAAAAGAAUUAUUUACAACUUUUAUUGCUGAAGCUAAAAGUGAGGUUGGAACUGCUACAAGCAAGUGUGAAAUAAAAGAAAAAAUUGUUGAUGAACCACCAGAAUUUGGUAAAAAAUUACAAAAUAUUAAAGUUAAGGAAAAAGAAGUUGUUGAAAUGUCAGUUAGUGUUAAAGGAAAACCUGAACCAAAUGUUAUAUUUAAAAAAGAUGGUAAAGAUAUUGAAAUUGAUAAUGAUCAUAUAUUAGUAAGAAAAGAAGCUUCAGGAACUUAUAGUCUUAUUAUAAAUGAAGCUCGUUUAGAAGAUAUUGGAACAUAUUCAUGUGUUGCCAUCAAUACUGCAGGUGAAGCAGAAACAUCCUGUAGUUUUGGAGUUGAAAAAGAAAUAGAUGAAGCAAGUUUACUUGCUGAACCCCUAUUUAUUGAACCAUUAAAAUCAUGUCAAGUUACUGAAAAAGAAACUGUUGAAUUAGUUUGUAAAAUUAAUGAAGAAUCAAAACCAACAAUUACAUGGUUUAAAGAUAAUUCACCAGUUAAAGUCGGUGAUCAUAUAAUUGAAGAACAUUUACCUGAUGGAUCAUUAAAACUUAAAAUAAUUAAUGCCACUUUGGAAGAUAUCGGAGAAUACAAAUGUGAAGCUGUUAACAAAAAAGGUAAAGCAAUUACUGAUUCCAAACUUGAUGUAAAACAUGCAGAAGAACAAGUAAUUUCCGAUGACUCUAAUUUACCUGAACCAAUGUUUAUUCAGCCAUUAAAACCUUGUCAAGUUAAUGAAGAAGAUACUGCAGAAUUAAUUUGUAAAAUAAAUGAAGAAUCUAAACCUGAAAUUCAUUGGUAUAAAGAUAAUACACCAGUUCAAACCGGAGAACAUAUCACAGAACAACAUCUUCCUGAUGGAAGUUUGAAACUUACAAUUCAAAAUGCAAAAAUUGAAGACACAGGUGUUUAUAAAUGUGAAGCAGUUAAUCAAAAAGGAAAAGCUGUUACUGAUUCAUCUCUUGAUGUAAAAUAUGCAGAUGAAAAAUCUACAGAAGAUGAUUCUUUGUUAGCUGAACCAUUAUUUAUUGAACCAUUAAAAUCAUGUCAAGUUACUGAAAAAGAAACCGUUGAAUUAGUUUGUAAAAUUAAUGAAGAAUCAAAACCAACAAUUAAAUGGUUUAAAGAUAAUUCACCAGUUAAAAUUGGUGAUCAUAUAAUUGAAGAACAUUUACCUGAUGGUUCAUUAAAACUUAAAAUAACUAAUGCUACUAUAGAAGAUAUUGGAGAAUAUAAAUGUGAAGCUGUUAACAAAAAAGGUAAAGCAAUUACUGAUUCUAAACUUGAUGUAAAACAUGCAGAAGAACAAGUAAUUUCUGAUGAUUCCAAUUUACCUGAACCAAUGUUUAUUGAACCUCUUCAGCCUCAAUCUGUUGCUCCAGGUGAUACAAUUGAAUUACGUUGUCAAAUUAACGAAGAUUCUAAAUCUACUAUUCAAUGGCUUAAAGAUAAUAAACCAAUAGUUAUUACUCCUAAUAUUAAAGAAGAAUAUCUUCAAGAUGGUGUUUUGAAACUUACAAUUCAAAAUGCUAGUGCAGAAGAUGUGGGUGUCUAUCAAUGUAUAGGAAUAAACAAAAAGGGUAAAGCAAUCACUGAUAGUAAAUUAGAACUAAAAUACGCUAGUGAACAAACAAUUGAAGAUGAAAACAAUGAUGAAGUAGUUGAAGAAAUCGAGGCAUUUACAAUUGGUGAAGAAGAAAGAGCUAAAGUUGUUGAUAAUCGUGGACCACCAGAAUUUAUUGAACUUAUAAGAAGUUGUACAAUUGAACCUGGUAAAGAUGCCGUUUUAACGUGUAAAGUAAAAGGUGAACCAAGACCUGAAAUUAAUUGGAGCAAAGAUGGUAAAAAAAUUACUGAAUCAGAACAUAUUAAAAUUGAGUAUACCAAAGAUAAUAAUAUUAAGUUAACUAUAGUCAAUGCAACAUUACAAGAUAGUGGUGAAUAUCGAUGUGAUGCUACUAAUGAAUUAGGUGCUGCAUGGACUGAAGGACCAGUUUUAAUAACAACCGAAAUGAUUAUUGACGGAGAAGCUCCAGAUUUUCUUCAACCAAUAAAGCCUGUAACAGUUGUUGAAGGACAAAAAGCUGUUUUAGAAGGAAAAUUGAUUGGAAAACCAAAACCAACCGUCAAAUGGUACAAAAAUGGUGAAGUAAUAAAAGCAGAUAAUCAAAGAAUUAUAAUAGAAGACUUAUCUGAUGGAACACAACGCUUAACUAUAAAUGAGACACUAAUGUCAGAUAAUGAUGAAUAUCGUUGUGAAGCUACAAACGAGUAUGGAGACGUUUGGGCUGAUGCAACUUUAAAGGUUACACCUAAAGAUACACUAUGUUCAUUUAAGAAAGGAUUGGAGAAUCAAGAACUUAAAAAAGGUUCCGAUUUAAUUCUAGAAAUUGAAGUUGAUGGAAAACCAAAAGAAGUUAAAUUUUAUAAAGAUAAUAAUGAAAUUGAUAAUGUAGAAGACAUUGGUAAUGGCAAGUAUAGAGUACAUGUUGAAAAUGUAAAAGAUGUUGACUUUGGUAACUAUUCAGUUAAAGUAUCUAAUGAUGCUGGAAUUAUUGAAUCGAAAGCAAAAAUAAUUUGCAAAGAAAUUGAAAAACCAUCUAUUACACAAAAACUUAUUCCUGUCACUGCUAAUGAAGGAGAUGAAGUUAAGUUUGUGAUUGAAGUUAAAGGUAAAGUUGAUGCUAUUGAAUGGAAACAAAAUGGUAAAAGUUUGGGACCUGGAAAAGAUUUGGGUAAUGGUAAAUAUGAACUUACUAUUCCAUCUGUUAAAAAAGAUGAUGCUGGAGAUAUUUCUGUUGCCGUUAAAAAUGAAGGAGGAACUGCUGAUGAUUCUACCAAAUUAACAGUUAAAGGAGAACCAAUAUCUAUUAAAAAGGGACUUGAAGAUAAACAAGCUCAAAAAGGUGACAAAAUUCUUCUUGAUAUUGAAACAUCUAAAAAACCAAAACAAGUAAGAUUCUACAAAAAUGGAAAAGAAGUUCCAUCUAAAGAUCUUGGAGAUAAUAAAUAUGGUAUUGAAAUACCAUCUGUUGACAAAGAUGAUGAAGCAUCAUACACAGUUAAAGUUACUGAUGAUGAUGACAAUGAAGCAGAUUCUAGUUGUAAACUUACUGUUAAAUUACCAGCAGAAAAACCAAGUAUUGUUAAAGGACUUGUUCCCACUUCUGCUAAUGAAGGCGAUGAAGUUAAGUUUGUAAUUGAAGUUAAAGGUAAAGUAGAUGCUAUUGAAUGGAAACAAAAUGGUAAAAGUUUGGGACCAGGAAAAGAUUUGGGUAAUGGUAAAUAUGAACUUACUAUUCCAUCUGUUAAAAAAGAUGAUGCUGGAGAUAUUUCUGUUGUCCUUAAAAAUGAAGGAGGCAGCGCUGAUGAUUCAACCAAAUUAACAGUUAAAGGAGAACCAAUAUCUAUUAAAAAGGGACUUGAAGAUAAACAAGCUCAAAAAGGUGACAAAAUUCUUCUUGAUAUUGAAACAUCUAAAAAACCAAAACAAGUAAGAUUCUACAAAAAUGGAAAAGAAGUUCCAUCUAAAGAUCUUGGAGAUAAUAAAUAUGGUAUCGAAAUACCAUCUGCCGACAAAGAUGAUGAAGCAUCAUACACAGUUAAAGUCACAGAUGAUGAUGGUAAUGAAGCUGAUUCUAGUUGUAAACUUACUGUUAAAUUACCAGUGGAAAAACCAAGCAUUGUUAAAGGACUUGUUCCUACUUCUGCUAAUGAAGGAGAUGAAGUUAAGUUUGUAAUUGAAGUUAAAGGUAAAGUAGAUGCUAUUGAAUGGAAACAAAAUGGUAAAAGUUUGGGACCUGGAAAAGAUUUGGGUAAUGGUAAAUAUGAACUUACUAUUCCAUCUGUUAAAAAAGAUGAUGCUGGAGAUAUUUCUGUUGCCGUUAAAAAUGAAGGAGGAACUGCUGAUGAUUUAACCAAAUUAACAGUUAAAGGAGAACCAAUAUCUAUUAAAAAGGGACUUGAAGAUAAACAAGCUCAAAAAGGUGAUAAAAUUCUUCUUGAUAUUGAGACAUCUAAGAAACCAAAACAAGUCAGAUUCUAUAAAAAUGGAAAAGAAAUUCCAUCCAAAGAUCUUGGUAAUAAUAAAUAUGGUAUCGAAAUACCAUCUGCCGACAAAGAUGAUGAAGCAUCAUACACAGUUAAAGUCACAGAUGAUGAUGGUAAUGAAGCUGAUUCUAGUUGUAAACUUACUGUUAAAUUACCUUCUGAACCAUUAAAAAUUAUUAAAGGUUUGGAAGACUUAUUUAUUCCUGAAGGUAAACCAAUUUACCUUGAUGUUAAAACAACAGGAAAACCUAAACAAGUUAGGUGGUAUAAAAAUGGAAAAGAAGAUAAUGAAAAUAGUAAAAUUGUUAAUGAAAAUAGUUUUGUCUAUGAAAUUCCUUCAUCAACUAUGAAUGAUUCAGGUGUGUAUGAAGUUGAGUUUGCUAAUGAAGAAAUGACAAUUAAAACUAAAGGAAAUGUAACUGUUGAAAGAGAACCUAAGUUUACAAAAGGUUUAGAGGACAAAACUGUUAAAGAAGGUGAGGAAGUUAUUUUCGAAGCUGAGACAACAGAAAAAGUUAGAAUUGUUAAAUGGUAUAAAAAUGGAAAAGAAAUUAAAGAAUCAAAAAGAAUUAGCUUUAUUUCUAUUGAAAAUUCUUAUAAAUUACUAAUUAAAGAAACUGAAAUGGAUGAUUUUGGUGAGUAUAAAAUUGUAUUACAAAAUAGUGCUGGAAAAAUUGAAAGUGAAGCUAAAUUAACAGUUCUUUCUGCAAGUGAUGUUGAACCAAAAAUUGUUAAAGGUCUUAUUUCUGCAACAAUUGAUGCUGGUGAUGAACAUUCAUUUAGAGUUGAAGUAUCUGCACCUGUUAAAAAAGUUAUAUGGUUUAGAAAUGGUAAAGAAGUAAAAUCUUGCUCUGGUAUUGAAUUAAAAACACUUAAUCCUAAGAAAUAUGAACUUCUAAUAAAAUCAGCAAUGGCUGAAGAUAUUGGAAAUUAUAAAGUUGUCUUAUCUAAUGAUGCAGGUGAAUGUGACUCAUCUGGUGAUCUUGAUGUAAAAGUUCCAGAAAUUGUUAAACUUAUUGAUGGUCUCAAAGAUCAAGAUAUCAAUGAAGAUGAACCACUUCAAUUGAAAGUAAAAAUUUCUGGAAAACCAAGACAAGUUAAAUGGUAUAAAAAUGGUCAAGAAAUUAUUCCUAAUGAGAAUUUGAAACUUUCUGAUAGUAAUGGUGAAUACACAUUAACUAUACCAACAUCUAAAGCAGAUGAUGCUGGUGUUUAUAGAGUUGUAUUUACACAUGAUAAGGGAGAAUUACAAUCAAGUUGUUCUGUAUAUGUAAAACCUAAAAAGAAAGAUUUUGUAGGUACAUCACCUGAAUUCUUAGGACCAUUAUCUGAUGUAACAAUACCAGAAGGUGAAACACUUGUUCUUAAAUGUCAAGUAUUUGGUAAUCCAAUGCCUGAUCUUAAAUGGUUUAAAGAUGGUAUUGAAAUACAAAAAUCUGAUAGAGUUACAUUAAGACUAUCACUUGAUGGUACUGCUUCACUAAGAAUACUUGAUUCUACAAAAGAUGACAGUGGAAAAUAUUCAAUUGUUGCAAAAAAUGAUUUCGGAGAAAAAGAAAGUUCAUGUAAAGCUUCAGUUCUUGAUGAAAGUGAAAUUCCUGGCCCACCUAGAUUUAUUAUUCCACUUAAAACAACAGAUGGAAAAGUUGGUGAAAAAGUUGAAUUUAGUGUUAAAGUUAGAGGAUUUCCAAAACCAGAAAUUAAAUUUAUUCUUAAUAAUAAUGAAAUUAAUAACAAUGAUAAUUACUUAAUUGAAGAUUUAGGAGAUGGUCAUUGGAUGUUUACUAUAAAAUCAAUUAAUCCAGAUGAUUUUGGUUCAAUUCGUGCUAUAGCUGAAAAUGAAUUUGGUCAAGUUGAAUGUAAUGCUUCAUUCUGUGAAUCAUUAAGUAGAACAUUUAAACCAAGAGAUGAAGAAGGAUAUGAACCAAGAUGGAAUGUUCCAUUAUGGGAUAGAAGACUUCCUAUGGGACAUCCAGCAUCAAUUGAAUGUCAUGUUGAUGCCAAACCAAAAGCAGAAAUAACUUGGUUAUUUGAAGAAAAAAUUAUUACUAGUGAUAUGAAAGGAAUCGAAUUUGUCAAUACACCUGAUGGAUGUUGUAAACUUAAAGUUUUACAUUUAACACCAGAAUGGGUUGGAAUGUAUAAAUGUAUUGCAAAAAAUUCAUACGGUGUUGCUGAUACAAGAGCCAACUUAAAUAUUGAAGAAGAGUACAUUGAACAAAUUGAACACAAAAGAGAAUAUCCACCAAGAUUUAAUCCUCAAUUGGAAGAUGCUAUUCUUGAAAUUGGAAAAACAAUUACUCUUAGUACUGUUGUUGAUGCAAUUCCAAUGGCAAGUAUUUCUUGGUAUAAAGAUGGUUUACCAAUUAAACUUACUUCUAAUAUGUCAACUGAUUUUGAUGAAGAAAAUGGUAGAUGUACACUUACAUUAAAGGAUGUUACUGAAGCUGAUACUGGAGCAUAUAGAUGUAUAGCUACAAAUAUUCAUGGAACUACUAAUACAGCUUGUUUAGUUGGAAUAAAAACACCUAAGAUUGAAAUUAUUAAAGAAGGUGAAGAACCAUUCUUUACUAAAGGAUUAACAGAUAAAUGGGUUGAUCGUGGAGGUGAAUUAUUUAUGACAUGUACUGUUACUGGAUCUCCAUUUCCACAAAUUAAAUUUUAUAGAAAUGGUGUUCUUCUUAGAUCAAAUAAUAAAGUUAAAAUUGAGAUUCUUCCAGAUGGUGUUUGUAAUCUUACUGUAUCUGAUUGUACUUUGUCUGAUGAAGGAAUUUAUAGAUGUGAAGCUGAAAAUAAAUAUGGUAAAGCAAAAACACAAUCAACUAUUCAUGUAGAAGUUAAUUUAAGAAAUAUUGAUCGAAGUAUAAAAGAAGAUGGUGAAGCACCAAGAUUUAUUAUUCCAUUAGAAGAUAAUACUGUUUUAUUAGAUAAUACAAUUGAAUUAAGUUGUAAAGUUACCGGAAAACCAAUGCCAGUUGUUAAAUGGAGUAAAGAUGGUGCACCAUUAUUUGAAGAUAAAAGAUUUGAAUGGAAUAAUAAUCCAUCUAAUGGAACAUAUUCACUUAGAAUUAAUAAUUGUAAAAAUAGUGAUGAAGGAACUUAUCGUUGUAUUGCUACAAAUGAUGAAGGUUCUGCUAAUACAAAAGCUUUUAUUAGUAUUGAUGAUGGUGGAUAUUCAAGAAGAACACCAACUACUUCAGAAAAAGUUCAACCACCAAGAAUUAUUUUAAAUAUUGGUGAUGCUAGAGCUAAUGAAGGAAGUCCACUUAAAUUAAUCUGUAAAAUAGAAGCUUCACCACUUCCAGAAAUAGUUUGGUAUAAAAAUGGUGAAAAAGUUAUUCCUAAUGAUGAUUAUCAAAUAUCUCUUGAACCUGAUGGUACAGCAACAUUAUAUAUUCCAAAAUGUACAAUAGAUGAUGAUGGAAUUUAUCGUGUUAUUGCAACUAAUAUUCAUGGAACAGUUCAAAGUAAAGGUAAUGCAACUGUUAAAAGAAUACCUGGUUCUUCAAAUGGUUUACCAGUAUCACCAUAUAGAUCACCAUCAUCAUCAUAUGAUACUGGUAAAGCACCAAAAGUUAUUAUUCCAUUAGAUAAUAUAAAAAUUACUGAUAGACAAUCUUUCAAACUUAGAUGUAAAUUUAGUGGUGAACGUAUGCAAAUUAGAUGGUUUAAAGAUGGAGAACGUCUCUAUUCAUUUGGUAGAACACAAGUAUUUGAAAAUAUUGAUGGAAAUACUGAAUUAGAAGUUCUUUCUGCAUCACGUUUUGAUGCAGGAUGUUAUCGUUGUGUUGCAGAAAAUGAAUAUGGUUCUGCUAGAACUACAUGUGAUGUUAUUAUUGAAGCAAAAGGAAGAAAAAUAUCAAGAGAUUAUACAUCAGAUUUAUCAUCAGGAAAUGCUCCUGGUUUUAUAACACCUUUAACAAUUAAAAGAGUCAAAGUUGGAGAAGAUGUUACUUUUGAAUGUCUUCCAUAUGGAAAACCAUUUCCAGAUAUAAAAUGGCUUAAAGAUGGUCUUGAAUUAUCAAAUAGUCAAAAUGUUAUUAUUGAAUCUGAAACAGAAGGAAAACAACGUCUUACUAUAAAAUCAGCUAAAUUUGAAUCUGAAGGUUAUUAUCGUUGUGUUGCUACAAAUAGUUUUGGAACAGCAAGUACUAAAGCUGAACUUAUUGUAACAGGUAUGUUUAAUAAUUGGUUUUUUUUUUAUUAA